AUAUAAUCGGCCUUAAUAAUUGGCUUUGGAUAUCAGCCAUCAGCAACAAAAUUCUUUAAAAAUUGGUAUCGGUCUUAAAAAACCUGUAUUGGUUGGCUUCUAAUCUGAACCAUUGGUCUAUAACUGCCAAUCACUCUGGUGAAACGUUCAUGCUAGGCCAUCAUGAUACGUGCUAGUUCCUGGGUUAUGUGCAGAGCAGUACACCGUCAUUCCUCACUGUUCUCACCAGGUUUUUUUUAAUGGCUGAGCCGAGAGAGAAAAAGUGUCUUCAAAGUCGAUGAUAAGAAGAGAAAAUUCUCCAAAGUGAGAAAUAAGGCCGGAGUUAUUUUAGGAGACUCGUUUCACCGAUGGCGUGCUCUAAAAGCGACGGCUGGGCUCCCACAGACGCUUCUGUUGCUGGUUUUCUGCUCGACAGGAAAGCGAAAGUUCGACGUGCUAUUUGAAGCAAUUCCUUUCAAAUUAUUGCUAGAAGAAGUGCUGCAAGGCCGGCAGAUACUUUUAAACAGAAUGCGCAUUUUUUCAAAAGGUGGAGAGGGCGGUUCUUUCCUGAAAUUCAGAAACAUCCUCCGCAAUACCUUUAAUGUGCUUAAAUCAUAGUAGAUAUGAACUGUUACAAUCCUCAUAGGUUCAAAUAAAUACUGCAUAUAUAUAUAUAUAUAUAUAUAAGUCCAGUAAAGUAGCGUUUCAUUAGAACCGAUGAGGACCAUCAUGAAUGACACUCACCACCAUGCUGCCAACUCUAAAACUGUUGGUAGUUUAUUGUGUUUAGGAAGUUUACUUCAGAUGAUUUCCAUAGUGACUUGAGAGGUUUCUUUGUUUUUCCAUGUACUCUCCUUAGCUGUUACCUGGUAACGCAGCAGGGUGUUGCAUAACAUGGGCCUUCCCAUCAUGCUUUGCACUCAUCAGGCAGGAAUCCAGAAAUAGAGACCUGUUCGUGUGUGUGUGUGUGUGUGUGUGUGUGUGAUUAGAAAUUGCAGAAAAUUAGAAAUCUGUGUUUGUCUGAUUAUUGUGACUAAAGUUAACAAGACACAAUUAUUAAUCAGGCAAAUACACAUGAUUACAUGGUUUUGAGUGUUACGCCGGUGUUUCUGGCUUUUUCUGUGUCAAGUCUUCAGUGAUUAAAACGCCAGGUGGCGACUUUUGUUAAAGCACACAAAGAAAGAAAAAGAUUGAAAGCAUGCUGUCAAGUGAAAGUUGUUGUUGCUCUGUGUUUUGUCUCAUUCGCUGUUUUCUUUCAGAUGAAGAGUCUCUUGCGUUCGCCUGGCUUUGGAAUCACAGGAAGUUCAGGGAGAAAAUCUCAUGAAAGAUUUCUUCCAGUACGCCAACAAGCUCCUUCUGAAUGAUGAUGCCAUGGGACUCCAGGUGAAGGAGUUUGUGCGUAAAAAUGCUGCUAACGCGUUGUCAGUGGCCAACAUGGUCAUGGGCAUGGCGUCCAUUCUCAGCAGCCUCAAUGGGCACCAUCACGCUGCGUGUUGGCUGGUUCUGAUUGGAUACCUGCUGGAUUUGGCAGACGGGGCGGUUGCUAGGCAACUCGACGCCUGCUCGGCACUGGGUGCAAAACUUGACGAUUUUGCUGAUUUCACCACCUUUGGGAUCGCCACGUCCCUUCUGCUGAGGACGUCUGACUUGCUGGACAACGUCCUGUGCAUGUGUUACGUUCUGUCCGUCUUUGUUCGUCUUUGUUUCUUCUCAAGCGGUAUUCCCUUCGUGUACCGUGGCCUUCCUUGCAUUUACUCGUCCGCCAUCUUGGCCAGCGCCUCUUUGCUAUCGGAGGGGAACAUGGCCAUGCUUCGAGUCACUGCUGUGGCCAUGAUCCUCUUCAUGAUUAGUCAGAACUUCUAUCCCCAUGACAAAGUGCUGGAGUCA